AAGUCACGCGCUGGCGGUACCCUCAGGUCUGCACCCACAACUGUUGCAGCGCUGUGGAGGGUACCGCUGUUUUGGAAGCUUGGAAGGCCUGGGGUGAGGCUCCCUAGGAGAGGGCGGGGCCGGAGGCUCGGCUCUGUACGGCGGAGGAGUUCUGCCCUAUUCCAAAAGGAUCCCAGAGGAAGACUGAUCUUUUUCUGCAAAUACCAAAGCCAUGGCUCAGGAGUCAGUGAUGUUCAGUGAUGUGUCCAUAGACUUCUCUCAGGAGGAGUGGGAAUGCCUGAAUGAUGAUCAGAAAGAUUUAUACAGAGAUGUGAUGUUGGAGAAUUACAGCCACCUGGUUUCAAUGGCAGGACAUUCUGUUUCUAAACCAGAUGUGAUCUCCUUUUUGGAGCAGGGGAAGGAGCCCUGGUUGGUUGACAGAGAACUAACAAGAGACCAGUGGCCAGUCCUGGAAUCAAGAUGUGAGACCAAGAAAUUAUUUCUGAAGAAGGAGAUUUAUGAAAUAGAGUCAGCGCAGUGGGAGUUAAUGGAAAGACUUACAAGACAUGACCUUCAGUGCUCUAGUUUCAGAGAUGAUUGGGAAUGUAAUGGCCAGUUUGAGAAACAACAUGGCUCUCAGGAGCGACACUUUGGUCAACUGAUAUUCACCCAUGAAGGCAUGCCUACAUUCAGUCAGCAUCCAUCCUUUACAUUACAGCAAAUCAUCAAUAAUAAAGAGAAAUACUGUGGAACUAAGGAAUAUAGGAAAGCCUUUAGACAUGACUCACAGCUUACUACACAUCAAAUAAUUCAUACCAUUGAGAAGCCCUAUGAAUGUAAGGAAUGUGGAAAAGCCUUUAGACAUCCCUCAAGACUCAGUCAUCAUCAGAAAAUUCAUACUGGCAAGAAACCCUUUGAAUGUAAAGAAUGUGGGAAAACAUUUAUUUGUGGUUCAGACCUUACUCGACAUCACAGAAUUCACACUGGUGAGAAACCCUACGAAUGUAAGGAAUGUGGAAAGGCCUUUAGUAGUGGCUCAAACUUCACUCGACAUCAGAGGAUUCACACUGGUGAAAAGCCCUAUGAAUGUAAAGAAUGUGGGAAGGCCUUUAGUAGUGGCUCAAACUUUACUCAACAUCAAAGAAUUCAUACAGGGGAGAAACCCUAUGAAUGUAAGGAAUGUGGCAAUGCCUUUAGUCAGAGCUCACAACUUAUCAAACAUCAGAGAAUUCAUACAGGUGAGAAGCCCUAUGAAUGUAAGGAAUGUGAAAAGGCUUUUCGUUCUGGUUCAGAUCUUACUAGACAUCAGAGAAUUCAUACUGGUGAGAAGCCCUAUGAGUGUAAGAUAUGUGGGAAAGCCUAUUCUCAGAGUUCACAACUUAUUAGUCAUCAUAGAAUUCAUACUGGUGAGAAACCCUACGAAUAUAGAGAAUGUGGGAAGACAUUUAAUUAUGGCUCACAACUUAUUCAGCAUCAAAAUUUGUACUGGACCUGCCGGGACUUUCUUGGGACAAAGAGCCGGGAACGCCGCCCGCUCAGGAGCCCGCCUAGAUCUCCGCCUCACGCGGCGAGCGGGCGUGGUGGAAGCUCCGCUCCCCUAGGCUGGCGGCGCCGGCGCACUCAGUGCCUACAGAGCGAGCUCCCAGCAGCCUCCGCGCGCGGCCCGUUAAGCCCCGGGGGCUGUGUACUUGCAGGUUCCGUCCCAUCCUCGCUUACACUGAGCAUCACCGUGAGGCAGGUGCGACACCCAAGAAACAAAUUUUCUUUAAUUUCAAUUGUAUUAUAUGGUUUGUCAUUGCAGAGAUCACUGAUGUUCAGUGAUGUGUCCAUAGUCUUCUCUCAGGAGGAGUGGGAAUACCUGGACCUGGAACAGAGGGACUUGUACAGAGAUGUAAUGUUGGAGAAUUACAGCAACUUGGUCUCCCUGGGAUGCUUCAUUUCUAAGCCAGAUGUGAUUUCCUUGUUGGAGCAAGGAAAAGAGCCCUGGAAAGUUGUGAGGAAAGGAAGGAGACGAUACGCAGAUUUAGAGACCAGGUAUGAGACCAAGAAGUCAUCCUCAGAAAAUGACAUUUAUGAAAUAAACCUACCUCAGUGGAAGAUAAUGGAAAGAAUUAAAAAUCAUGGCCUUAAGGGCCUAAUUUUAAAAAGUGACUGGGAGUCUAAAAGAAAAUUUGAAGGACAGGAGGAAUAUUUCAGUCAAGUGAAAAUUACAUCUCAAAAAGUGUCCUCUUAUCAAAAACGUACAUCUCUAACUCCACAUCAGAGAAUUCAUUUUGUGGAGAAACCCUAUGAAUGCAAAGAAUGUGGAAAGGCCUUUAGAGUACGCCAACAGCUUACUUUUCAUCACAGAAUUCAUACUGGUGAAAAACCCUAUGAAUGUAAGGAGUGUGGAAUGGCCUUUAGACAGACUGCACACCUUACUCGACAUCAGAGACUUCAUUCUGGUGAAAAACUCUAUGAAUGUAAAGAAUGUGGAGAAUCUUUUAUGUGUGGCCCAGACCUUAGAGUACAUCAGAAAAUUCAUAUUGGCGAAAAGCCCUAUGAAUGUAAAGAAUGCGGGAAAGCCUUCAGAGUGCGAGGACAACUUACUCUCCAUCAGAGGAUUCAUACUGGUGAGAAACCCUAUGUAUGUACAGAAUGUGGAAAGGCCUUUAGACAGUAUGCACAUCUCACUCGACAUCAGAAGCUUAAUAUUGCUGACAAACUCUAUGAAUGUAAAGAAUGUGGGAAGGCCUUUUUGUGUGGCUCUGGCCUUAGAGUACAUCACAAACUUCAUACUGGUGAGAAACCCUAUGAAUGUAAGGAAUGUGGGAAAGCUUUCAGAGUGAGACAGCAACUAACACUGCACCAGAGAAUUCAUACUGGUGAGAAACCCUAUGAAUGUAAGGAAUGUGGAAAGACCUUCAGUCGUGGUUAUCAUCUUAUUCUUCAUCACAGAAUUCAUACUGGUGAGAAACCUUAUGAAUGUAAGGAAUGUUGGAAGGCCUUUAGUCGUUACUCACAACUUAUUUCACACCAAAGUAUCCAUAUUGGUGUUAAACCUUAUGACUGCAAGGAAUGUGGGAAGGCUUUUAGAUUGCUCUCACAACUUACACAACAUCAGAGUAUUCAUAUUGGUGAGAAACCCUAUAAAUGUAAGGAAUGUGGGAAGGCCUUUAGAUUGCGCCAAAAACUUACUUUACAUCAGAGCAUUCAUACUGGUGAAAAACCCUUUGAGUGUAAGGAAUGUAGGAAGGCCUUUAGACUUAAUUCAUCCCUUAUUCAGCAUCUGAGAAUUCAUUCUGGUGAGAAACCUUAUGAAUGUAAGGAAUGUAAGAAGGCCUUUAGACAACAUUCACACCUUACCCAUCAUCUAAAAAUUCAUAAUGUAAAAAUAUAAGAUAGUUUUUCAAUCCUGUAUUGUAGAAUACUCUAUGAAUAUAGUAAUUAAUCCUUUUUGCUUCCUUCAUACAGGCAAUUGACUUAAGAGGUUUUAUAUCAUUACAAGAAUAUGUUAAUUUAAUGUAUUCCACCAUCACUUAAACCUGAUAAACUUUACACUUACUCUAAAAACUAAUCCUAAUCAGUGUGACAAAUGUGGGAGACACUUAUCUCUGUCCCAUCACUUUCCUACUUGUAUUAUAUUGACAAGAUGCUUAACUGCUCUGUGCUAUAAUUUUUUCAUUUGUAAAAUGGUAAUACAAUACUGUGGCAGAAUAAAAAUUGUUGCAAAUUGUUUGACAUUCCCCCUUUCCCCCCAUCAAAAUCUGGAAUCCACAUCCGUUCUCCUUGAGGAUGGGCAGACCAAGACUACUUUGACUAGUAAUAGUACUGCUGUGCCAGUUUCCAGGCUUUACUGGUAGAUUUUACUUCAUCUCUUGGAGUGCUCCUUUAAGCUUAGGCUCUGAAUUCUGUUAAAAAGUCUGUCUGCUCUGCUGAAGAGACCACAUGGAGAAGCCCUAAGACCACAAAGAAAGGAAGAGGCACCCUUCUGAGCCCAGUCUUCCACACAUGCCUACCAAGACACCAGACAUUUAAGUGAAAUAGUGUUGGAUCUUCCAGACCACCCAGCAGCUGAGUACCCACUGAGUGACUUCAGUUGAUACCAUAUAAAACAGAUGAAUCUAUCAACUGAGUCCCUGCCCAAAUUCCUGACCCACAAGAUCAUGAGAUAUAAUAAAAUGAUUGUUGUUUUAA